AUGAAGUCACAGCCUAUUUCACAUCCGGUUUACCCUGGGACGUAUUACUACUGUCUUGUUCCAGAGUCCACCAUGAAGAGAUUCCUGGUGCUUUGUGACUGCCUCUGGGCCUGGAGCCUCCUCCUGAAUACCCUGACUGAAAGAAGCUAUGGACAAACUUCAUCACAAGAUGAACUUAAAGACAACACCACAGUGUUCACCAGAAUAUUGGAUCGCCUUCUGGAUGGUUAUGACAACCGCUUGAGACCAGGACUGGGAGAGCGUGUAACUGAAGUGAAGACUGACAUCUUCGUCACCAGUUUUGGGCCUGUUUCAGACCAUGAUAUGGAAUACACUAUAGAUGUAUUUUUCCGUCAAAGCUGGAAAGAUGAGAGAUUAAAAUUCAAAGGACCUAUGACUGUUCUCCGAUUGAAUAAUUUAAUGGCCAGCAAAAUUUGGACACCUGAUACUUUUUUCCACAAUGGAAAGAAGUCAGUGGCUCAUAACAUGACAAUGCCAAAUAAACUAUUACGAAUUACAGAGGAUGGGACGUUGCUAUACACAAUGAGAUUGACUGUGAGAGCAGAAUGUCCAAUGCAUUUAGAAGACUUUCCUAUGGAUGCACAUGCUUGCCCCUUGAAAUUUGGAAGCUAUGCUUAUACCAGAGCAGAGGUUGUGUAUGAGUGGACACGGGAACCAGCAAGGUCAGUGGUUGUGGCUGAAGAUGGCUCUCGACUGAACCAGUAUGAUCUGCUUGGACAAACUGUGGACUCUGGAAUUGUGCAGUCCAGUACAGGGGAAUAUGUUGUUAUGACUACACAUUUUCAUUUGAAGAGGAAGAUUGGUUACUUUGUUAUCCAGACUUACCUACCAUGCAUCAUGACAGUGAUACUGUCACAGGUGUCCUUCUGGCUUAACAGAGAAUCUGUUCCAGCAAGAACCGUAUUUGGAGUGACAACUGUACUGACCAUGACUACCCUGAGCAUCAGCGCGAGGAACUCCCUGCCCAAGGUGGCCUAUGCCACCGCCAUGGAUUGGUUCAUAGCCGUGUGCUACGCCUUCGUCUUCUCUGCGCUCAUUGAGUUUGCCACAGUCAAUUACUUCACCAAGAGGGGCUACGCGUGGGAUGGCAAGAGUGUCGUUCCAGAAAAGCCAAAGAAAGUGAAGGAUCCUCUCAUCAAGAAAAACAACACAUACACAGCUGCAGCUACGACCUACACCCCUAAUAUUGCAAGGGACCCUGGGCUGGCAACCAUUGCUAAAAGUGCAACAAUUGAGCCCAAAGAAGUUAAGCCAGAAACAAAACCUGCAGAACCCAAGAAAACUUUUAACAGCGUCAGUAAAAUUGAUCGGUUAUCAAGAAUAGCCUUCCCAUUGCUUUUUGGAAUCUUUAAUUUAGUCUACUGGGCUACCUAUUUAAACCGGGAGCCCCAGCUGAAAGUUCAAACUCCACAUCAAUAA